AUGCACCCAAAGCUAGGGGUGCGUUCCGUGUCGCUCAGGUGUGCAGACGCGGUGGGAGUGCGUAGGGCACUGCUGGAGUCGACUCACAUGUACGACGAGGCAAAACACUCCUUGGCGUCACACGGUGUGAAGGUGGCGGGCGUGGAGGUAGAGCUGCCCGCUAUGAUGGCACAGAAGAGCAGCGCGGUCGCCGGGCUUGCCAAGAGCAUUGAGUUGCUGCUCAAGAAGAACAAGGUCACUUACGUCAAGGGCCAUGGCAAGAUUGUGGGACCACACCAGGUCGCCGUCUCCCUGCUGGAUUCCCCGGGGAAGACCAGCAUCAUCAUCGCGAGGAACAUUAUCGUCGCCACGGGGUCGGACGUGCAGGCGCUGCCGGGCGUGCAGAUCAAUGCGACGAAGAUCGUGUCGUCCACCGGCGCGCUCAGCCUGCCCUCCAUGCCCAAGAAGCUCGUGGUGCUGGGCGGUGGGGCCAUCGGGCUGGAGCUGGGGUCGGUGUGGGGCCGGCUGGGCGCGGAGGUGACGGUGGUGGAGCUCACAGACGGCAUAGGCGGCAACAUGGACCGCGAGAUCCGCCGCACCUUGCAGCGCGAGCUAGAGAAGCAGGGCUUUAAGUUCAUGCUGGCCACAAAAGUGGUGUUCGCGAAUGCGUCGGGGAGAGGCGUGCUGGUGCAGGUGGAGCCAGCCAGGGGCGGGCAGCGCAGCACGCUGCAGGCGGACGUGGUGCUCGUGGCCACGGGGUGCGUGCCGUAUACCGACGGGCUGGGGCUGGAGGCAGUGGGCGUGAGGAGGGACAUGGCGCGGCGCAUCGUGGUGGACAGCCGGUUCCAGUCGUCCGUGCCAGGCGUGUUCGCCAUCGGGGACGUUAUUCCCGGGCCCAUGCUCGCUCACAAGGCCGAGGCGGAUGGGAUCGCGUGCGUGGAGAAUCUGGCAGGGAAGAAUGGGUAUGUGAAUUAUAGCACAAUGCCGUGGAUCGUUUACACACACCCAGAGGUGGCCAUGGUGGGCAAGACGGAGGAGGAUUCGAAGCAGUCGGGUGUAGAGUACCGCAUGGGGAAGUUCCCCUUCACGGCGAACAGUCGAGCACACACAACUAGGGAUACGGAGGGGAUGGUGAAGAUGAUAGCAUAG